AUGUAUGAGAAAAUCAUCGUUGAAAACAAAGAGAAUCCGAAUGGGACAAUUUACGUUUCAUCCGCCACAAUUCACACUCCAGCUAACGAGACCGAUCCACAAGUCUGGAUCACCGAUGAUGUCGGGAACUACUCAGCGCUUCAAACUGGCAAACGCUUCUUUGGCCCGCGAGUAACAUUGUCGCUUGGAGUGGAUCGAAAUCCCAACUUUGUCAUUCAUUUCAUUCGAAGCGAUGAAACGAAUCGUAACGCAAAUAUCACCGUGGCUGAUGCACUCACUUCGGUCGAUGUGGAUGGAUUGACGUGGAAUGUUGUGAGCUUAUACAAUUUACCAUUUUCUUAUACGUUUGUCUCAAAUGAAUUCACUCCAAACCCAACUCUUGAGUGCCAAGUGACGAAUAUGCCGAUUAACAACUGCACCGUUGACAUGUACCUCGGCGGACGUCCGAGCGAGGAGGGGAAAGAAAAAUAUCGAUUAGCUAGUUUUACAAAUGAAACAAUUGGAAACUAUCGAACGAGUUACGUUUACGGAUACGCGGUCACAUUUCUCGUCCCAGCCAAUUGUAAGGCCGAUUAUGUGUGCCGAGGGAGAAGCUAUGUUACUGAGACUUCCCCAGAUGAGAACUCAAUGGGUUUCUUCAUGAGUGCUGAGUACCCGGGUGUGUUUGAUACAGAGCAUCGAGCUGGUUCGGAUGGUGCUUGGCUGAAAAAGGCCGAAUGGACUUAUCCAUCAAACGUCACUUUCUUUGUGCAAUCGGUGGACACUGGGAUCGGUGGAAGCUUGGGGAUUACUGUUGCUGGGAAAUAUAAUUUCUCUGGAACAAUAACAACAACGGUCACCACUUCGGAAGUUGCAAAAGGGAUUACGAUUGACUGGCAACCAUCAGACGACGUGAGAUACGGCUUCUUGACUAGAUGGUCGUCUUAUCUAGCUGAUGUGCCCACUCCACCAUCGACAAUCACCACAUCUCUUGAUUCAGCCACACACACAACCACUCUAUCAACCACCACAAAAACAGUUUCCAUUCUUUCACUUGGCAAAUCCUUGGCAAUUUUAUUUGUUUUCAUGAUGAUUCGUGGU